GUGAUUGUUUCGUUUGCAAAUAAAUACAGUUUCUGCGUGGCUUUUUUGCAGUUUCGUUUAUUUUGAAUGAUAAAAUAACGUUGUAUAUCAAAAAAUACUUCGUUCACAAUUUUUACGAAAGUAAUACACCUUGAGGUUAACUGUAUUCCAUCAUGUCAAAGUCUCCAGAAAAUUGGACUGUAGAAGGGAACUCUAAGUCAGGGUCAGAAGAGAAAUUUCGUAUAGAUGAAACAGAAUAUGAGGAGGAAUAUAAUAUGGAGGAAAAUGAUGAUGAUGACGUUAGGCCUCCUUCUAAACCCUCUAUAACCUCACAUGUCUCUGAUAGCCCUACAGGAAAUAAAAGUAAUUUUGGCACAGAAUACAGAAGGAAGAAAAGGCUAAAGAAGGAAUAUGAAUGGCAUCGGUUUACAUUUAACAAGGAGUUACGAAACUCAAGGAAGAAUGGUAGCCCAGAGUCAAAUGGCAGGAAAAAAGGUGUUCUUUAUGUAAAUAUUAUGAAUUUUCCAACACAUUGGGACACUGAAGAUGUGUAUGAGUUUAUUAAAAAGGAAUAUAAACCAGUGGAUUUCUUUAUAUCUGCCAAUAAGGAUAUGGAUUUUACGGGCAUGAUAAAGUUAGAAUUACUGGAUGCGUCAGAAUUUCCCAAUAUAUUCCAAUGUUUUCAUGACAAAAUACUUGACAACGAUUGCAAACUUUCUGUGAAUAUAUCAGUUUCUGACAAUGAGUCCGAUAAAAGUGAUACAGAGUCAUCAUUAUCAUCCCAAGCACCUAGAAGGAAGCGUCAACGUCGCGAGAAUGAAAAGCCAUGGAGACCAGAUAUCGAUGUGUGGGACACAGACCCCACAGGCACGUAUGGAUUGAAGCCUGAUUUCCUGAAACUAUUGGGGAUUACACCUCCAAUUGAUAAGUGGGUCCAUGUUUCGAAUUUCCGCUGUGACAAGACAGAGUUGAAAGAAGUUAUGGAGCUAGCUGGUCAAGUAUUGUAUUGUACUGUGGACACAAAAGGACCAAAAUUCGCUAAAGUUAUGUACUCGCAUCCGUUAGAAGCCGUACAGGCGGUCUCUAUGUUACACAAACAAAAUUUCUACGGGUCGGACCUUAAAGUUGAAAUUUCUGAGCCUCCCGUGGCACUCCUUCCAAAAGGGUUGAAGGGUGUAGGGCCGGGACUUGGCGUUGGAGGGAAACCUUUAAGGGACAUUGUAAAGCAAUACGAAAGAUUUGUUCAGUCUAAAAGUUCCUCAGUAAACUACACGCUAUUCCGCAGCCCUGAUGUGCUAUUUGAUCCUACGGUUAGUUUUGGCCAGGGAAAUAAUGAGGACGAUAAGUCAAGCGAUUAUGGCAACAAAAUGGUACCUGUUAGACCGUCUGAGUCAAAUCCCGCGCAUGGUCCACGUUCAAUGCAGUCUUUUGCCGCUUCCACGCCUGUUCAAAGUGCCCCUCGUAACGUGGCCAGCCAUAUAAAAGUCGAUCCGAGUAGGUCAAUGUCCCAUGUUUCGCGUCCAAUGGCUGGGUCCUUUUCUCUACCCAAUACACGUGGCUCUGGGCCCCUGGCUGGCCCCUCUGGUCCAAUGCAUAGCCAGCCUGGUCCAAUACAUGGUCAUAUUGGCUCAAUUCAAGGCGUACCUGGUCCAAUGCACGGUUCUGGCCCUAUACCCUGUCCUUCUGGCCCUAUGACUGGUCCCGCCGGUUCGAUGCCUGGACCCUAUGGCCCAAUGUCUGGUCCUCAAGGUCCAAUACCUGCUGGUCCAAUGGCUGGUCCUAUACCUGGUCCUUCAGGGCCAAUUUGUGGUCCAAUUGGUCCAAUUGGACCUGGUGGCCCAGGGUACAAUGCGCCUAUAAAUGGAUCCCCACAAUCUGGCGGGCCAUCUGAUGACGUUACCGUCGAGCUUAUCAAUCUACCGUUGAGUACGACGUUUCCUCUGCUAUGUGAGAAGAUGGCUCAGUGUGGUCAAGUGAUGUCCCUUCAACUGACGUCUCCGGGAUGCGCUGUAGUGCAGUUUGCGCAACGCGCACAAGCCCAACGAUGUUAUCAGCAAUACAACGGCUGUCGCGUUCUAGGUAACGUUAUAGAGGUGAAGUUCCUAUAAAGCGAAUUUGUGGUAAGACAUUGCAAAACUAUAACACGGCCAACUAAGAAAUGAUGUCAGUAAGUACGGUAACAAGGUAUUAAUGGGUCGUUCUUCUUUUUUAUCGACAAUGAUCUGUCUUACGUACUGCUUUUAAUAAGUUAUGUUUUAGAAUUUUAUUUUAUGUUUCCAUUGUCCAAAAAUAUAGUUAUCUUAUUAUACUCAAAAUACAAGCAAAAUACUAAUCGGUUCCUCAAUUAGUUAUUAACGUAGCUUCAUUGUUUUUCACAAAAUUUUGUGACAGAGUGAUAUAUUGAAAUGCUGUCUCCGAUGAAAAGGGCCACUCUGUCACAAUAUUUUUUGGAAUGCGUCUGCAAAGAAAAGUAUGUUACCAAGAUAAAGAGAACCACUAAAUAGUUCUCUACGGACAGAUCUUUAUAUGAUGUUUUAAAAUAUUUAUUGCCGUUAUAAUUUUAAAGAUGUUAAGUCCGAUUAAUUGGGAAAAUGUCUUUUUAUUGUCGAUAAAAAAGAAGAACGACCCUAAUAACAAGUUUUACAUUAUAGAACAUUGCACUUAUAAUUAUUACGAGAACAGUGAGGUUAAAAAGGCCACAUCGAAGCAAAAUACAGUGAAACCUGGUUAAGUGAGACAUCAAGGGACCUGCAAUGUCGUUUCACUUAUAGAGGUAUUCCACUUACCCAGUGUCUCAGAUAGACAGAUAUAAAUAAAUAUCUGUCUCAUUUACAGAGGGUUCCAUUAAUAGAGGUGAGAAUACAGGUUAUUUCAGUUAUACACGUGCGAUCAUUAAAUAAAAUAACGUGUUAUGUAUUUUCCAAAUAAACAUCCGAAUGAUAGUAAAGCGAAACUAAAAAUGAAGGUAAUUGAAGCUCAAAAUUUGUACUUACGUACUUGGAAUUACGUGUGGAAUUUGUGGGUAGAAUAAGAAUGAGUAAACAAACAAUGUUAUCUCAGUUACAGAGGUUUAUGAAUAGAAAAUUUACUCGCUGUCUCAGUUAUAGAGGUAACUAUGAUGAUAAAUCGAAAGAACGAAUCCCAGAUAUAGAGGCUUACUUCGUCCCACUAACAGAGGUAAUUCAGUGCCAAAGUGUUGGGACCUCAGCAUGAGUUCCAGUUAUGGAAGUUUCUCACUUAUCCAGGUCCCACUUAACCAAGUUUCACUGUAUUGGCUUUUUUAGAUGAAUUGCUUCAAGGUGGCCUUUUAGCCCCCAGGAUGCAAAACCAAUCCGUUUACGAAUUCUAUCAAUUUAUUUAGAUUAUAAAAGGAGAUAAUGCUUCCGAUUCUGGCGGACAAAUCUUCAUUUAUUUUAUUCUGACAGCUAUAAAAAUAGUGACGUCCUUCAUUUACUGCGAGUGCAAGACAAGAGACAGAGUUAGUUUUAGAACUGUCAAUUUUUUUUUUUAUAGUAAGUUGGUGUCUGCAGGUAUCAGCACCACUGACUUAACCAAACUAGUUAGAUGCCUACUCAACGUGCGACCUGUUGGCAGAGUAGAUUGUCGAUGUGCAGAGGAAGGGCGCAGUACUUAAUAGGGUGAUGACAAUAAAAUUCAGCGGAAUCUCAAGCUCAGCAUCGCCAUUGUAUUUUCAUAAAAUACACGAUGAAGAUGAAAUGAAACGUGUCACAAAAUUGUAUCUUGAAUAAUAUCUGUAAAGGCAAAUUGUCACACUUAUAAUGUCCACGAAUUAAAUUAAAGCUUGAUUGAGUCCGAUCUGGAGGUCCGGGUUCGAUUCCCGAUGGGGACAUUGUCGAAAUCACUUUGUGAGACUGUCCUUUGUUUGGUAAGGACUUUUCAGGCUUGAAUCACCUGAUUGUCCGAAAAAGUAAGAUAAUUCCGUGCUUCGGAGGUCAGCGAUCUAACAACUAGACUUUAUUAUAGGCUGUAUUGAUUUUAUUAGCAUUUAUUUAUACCUGUAUAAUGUAUAUAAGAUUCUUAUUUUAUUUAUUUUAUUUUAUUUUAUUUUGUUUGGGGAGCUUACAUGUAAAGUAUCAUACUUAUUUCUAUGUAUAAUAAUAUUUUAUUUAUUUUUGUGUCUGUGUUUGUGCACCCAUCGCGUGAGGGUUUAGAUUUACAAUUGGACCAGGUCCCUGUUUCAUAAAACUUACAAUUGUAAAUUACAAUGACUAUUUAGUGUUCAUUACGUAGCUAAUAUGAAACUGCAAAAUAUUCGUGAUCACACACUCCGCAAUGUACUUCAAAUUGUCAUUGUAAGUUUUAUUUAACAGGCCCCAGGUAGGUGGCGCUGCGAUCGAGCAGAAUCUAUCGAGAUCCGCUAGUUUUAAUUCUCUCUCUCUCUCUCUCUCUAUUUAAGAGCUGCGCUCUUGUCGGUGGAGCAACCGGCUCCAUUUUCAUUACUCCAUAGAUAGGGCGUAUAGAACGGUGGUUGCCCCAAUCGCCUUCCGUUCCGCAGUACACCGACCAAUUUCUCAAUCGGUGAUGUUCUAGCCAGAGCCCUACCAGGAUUCAUUUCCUCGGCCUCCAAACAGUACUGAUACCGCUGCUGCCCGGCAUCAGGGGUGCGCUUUUGAAGUAGCGGCGCCUACUCGCUACGUCACAAGAUCGUCAUAGAACCUAAGUAGCAUUUUAUAGGUUAGUCCGUCCCAGUGAGCUACCCACUACGUUCUGCUAAUCCUGUCGCUGUUUGGUCGGGGGGUGUUUGGUGGUUGUUUGUUAGUUUUAAUUCAUAUACUAUAACUUAUUAUGCUUUAUUUUUUAUGUAUAAUUAGUUUUAAACGAAUAUUGUAUUAUUUUAAGGCUAUGAGUUGUUAGUAAGUACAAAGUUUUGUGUUUUUUGUAAUUAUGAAGUAAUGCAAAACAUGCGAUAUGUCUAGGCUACUCGUAAAACUAUACUUUUACAUACCUAAAUCUAAUUAAAAUAAAAAGAUAUUCUUGGUAGACUUGGAACCAGAGAAACCAACUCAAUUUCAUUUUAAUCUUUUUUCCUAUAGUACUUACUUUAAGUUUUAAAAUACAAUUGAUUUCACGAAUAUGUAUUAAUUAGUAAGUAGGUAAGUUAUAUAAUAUAAGGGUAGGUACAAUUAAAUAAACACUGAAAUAUUUUUAAUUUAAGAUUUUAAGUUAUAAUAUUAAGUAUCCAUAGGAUGGAGUCUUGAUGAGACUUCAGUGUGGGACUUUUGCGUGUUCAGUGUGGGACUCUCUAGAUCACCUUUUAUUAAGGAACUUGAUCUGGAAAUCCCUCAUUCUGCUUGGCUAUCAAAUGCAUAUGUUCACCGCUUGUUUAUUUUUUAAUGGUAAACCGAUUAGUAUAAAAAAAUGUAAGUAAGUAUUAAGAUUUAAUUUAUGGCCCUAGGAAUAAACUGCUUAGUUAUAAGGUAACUUAUCUAGUAGGUAGGUACCUAGGUAUCUUAUUAUUAUUAAUUUAUAAUUUAUCAAUAAACUACUUACUAGCAAUAAAUACCACGUU